ACCGGUUGGCGUGACCGCCGAGAGCAGCCAAAGGACACACUCACUUCCCGCGGGCGGCCGAGCCGAGCGGGAGCGAAGAGAAGACGAUCCUCGCACUCUGAGAGACGGGCAAUGGCGGCGAACACCACCACCUCCCUCCUCGGCAUCCUGCUGCUGUUCUUCCUCGACUGCGCCAGCGCAUACACCGACCCGACAAUUGUCAAGGAUCCACAAAUCUUGGAACCUGGUGAAAAUAUGAAGGAUGCCAUUCUACGCUGCAACCUGACAGAUCCACCAUCUCGUAUUGACGGUCAUGUGUGGAAAAAAGAUGAUGUGGAAAUCCCAACAACGAGGGAUUCAAGUUCAUCGCCAAUCAUGGAAUACAAACUAGAUGCUGUUGAUGCAAAACAUUCAGGGGAGUACACUUGCCAUUUCUUCACAACGCCUGCUGUCAAUGAAACCAUCUUUGUGAAAGCUCCACCUGGUGUGAACGCUGAGAAGAAAUCUGAACAUGGAAACGAGGGAGAUUAUGGGGUAUUGAUAUGCCGGAGCACUGGCUUUCCAUCGGUUGAGAACUGGUCAUGGUCCCGGCAGACCAAAGCUGGUAUUGAGCUUAUUGUCAAUGGAACAAAAAACUUUCACAUCAAGAACAUGGGAAAUAAGACUGAGUUGCGCAUCUCACAGCUGGGUAUUGAGCAAGACCAAGGAGAAUAUUUCUGCAACGCAACCAAUGAAAUCGGUGCAAGAGUUGAGACGAUUCAUCUUCGAGUUCGUGGCCGUUACGCUGCUGUUUGGCCUUUCUUGGGAAUUGUUGCUGAGGUGAUUGUGCUUGUCGCAAUUAUCUUCAUUUAUGAGAAAAGGAGAAAGCCUGAUGAAAUUUCAGAUGAUGAUGAACAAGGAUCUGCUCCUUUGAAAAGUAAUUCAUCCACAAAUCAUAAGGAUCAAAAUAUCAGGCAGCGAAACUCCAACUGAUUUGAUUCGUCCUUCACGACAGGAGACCUACACAACUUUAAGCAAGACUGCAAAAUGGAUGGGGUUUCCCGUUGGCAUAGAGAAUGUCACCUUCAACAUGAUUCAAGUAUUUGAUCUAUUCACAGAUCCUAAAGCAAUUGGAUCUACAAAAAAAACAAUAAUUUAAUUGCUGGUGCCUUUCAACAACAGUGUAAUGUCAUUAGCACCAGCAGUCACUCAGUUAAAGGAACCUGUAAAGUUUCUGGCCAAUCUUGCCUGUAUAAACUGGACUAAAAUGUUCUUGGUAAACAAUUUGCUUUUUCUUAACUAUUAGAUUGAAACCGGUGUGUUCUGUCAAACAUAAGCGGUAAUUUAAUAUUUAUCACCUUGCUUUAUUUACAGAUUAGCAUAAUUAUUGUGGUUGGAAUUUGUAAAUACAAAUAUUUCACUCUUAAUUUAUCACAUGUAGGUCAACAGUAAUGAUGCAGUCUAAUUUCUCUCAUAUUUUUAAUCUUGCAUGUUUAAAUUUACAAAUUGGCUUUUGACGUACAUAAUGUGAGGGUAGUGUUAUAGACUUGGUUGUUGUGUACCCAAGAAAGUGGUGAUUUGUACAGUGUAUGGUUAAAUUCAAUGUUUGGAUGUGUGGAAUAGAGAAGGGAGGCGGUAUUUUGUUAGCUUCCAUGUUGAGCUCAUUGGAAAGUGAUGGGAUAAAACCCGAGUCUAUCCAAUUUACAUUUUAAUGGGUAUCAUGGAAAUAAGAUGAAACUGCCAUUUUCUGGUGGUCAGAUAGAAUGCUAGUUAAAAUUAAUACAAUAUUUUUUUUUUCUGGUGUUGUUCAGUUGCUGAUUUCAUGCCACCUGUAUAAUUUUAUACUUGGGAUCCUACUCAAUGAGGGCAGCAAUUCACAAAUAUACUUUGAGGUUUAAUGACAAAGCGGUCGAAUACCAAUUUUAUACUGUGCUGUAAGUGUAUGUUCAGUGGAACCUGUUGGUCAAUAUUUUAGUGCCCUUGUCGGUAAUUUGAGAAAACUAUUGUUUAUACAGCUCUAAAAAAGAAAUAAAAUCUAGAUUGCUGCCACUUUGGUUCAAAGAAUCGGAUUACACCAAGAGUUGGCCUGAAUCUAAUCUGCUAGAGCCAUCUAAUUUGAUUUUGUUCAAACAAUGACUGGGAUUCCCAGACUUGCAAGCUUUCACUAACUGGAUUUUCUGUUGACAAUUCAUGCUGUAAUGAGGGUUUUAAAAUGUUAAGCAUACUUAAGUUUGCUCAUGCUCCAUUAUUCACAUCAAUAUUUUUCUACUUCUCAGUAUUACUGAUAAGAUUGCGCAUGAACUGUGGUCUUUAAUUGUAUUUUCUUGCUUGGUGGGCAGCAAUUUCAAGUUUGCUGCAGGUGAAUAUAUUUAUAGCACAGUGUAUUACUACUGUACUGUUAGUGCCAUUGUUGUUGGAGUUUAAUUUGCCAAUAUAUUUGCUGCCUCUUUGUCCAGGAAAGAAAGGGCCCAAUGGUGUUUUUUUGUUGUUUGUGGUGUCUACCUGUUAUAACCUUAAAUGUUCCCCUGCAGGAUCAGCUCAUCAGAGCUUGAAAUAUGUUGGCCUUGGACACACUGCAUGUAAAUGUUAUGUUCUGUAAUUUUUGGGAAAACAAUAAAAUUGCUUUUGCUGUU